UUUCACUGUUCGAAGGAGAGAUCAUGGAACUAAAAUGUCGUACACAGACAAUAGAAGGUGGGAGAGAGAAUUUACCUUUCACAAAAACGGCAAGAUGAUCCAUUCAAUGACGUCUAAAAACCGCGAAUCUUCAUACAGCAUUAAUGCAAACAUUACCAAUGACAGUGGAUUGUGAAGAUGUAAAAAUUACCCACACACCUCAAGGCCUGUUGAUGUUCAGGUUCAAGGAAGGCUGGUGGAGAAAUUAAUUGCCCCCUGAAGUAUUUACCCUCCCAGAGAAAGAGGGAAGGCCUCUGCGUUUGGAUUCCACAUGAUGACGUAUGUGAAGGAAUUUUGCCUGCUCAUGUUUUUAAGAAACAUUUCGUAUCUGGUGGCAUACGCAGGCCAAUCCACAGAGGUCGUCAUAACUCAUCCCAGGGAUGGUGUCAUUAAAGAAGGGGAGUGGUUCACUCUAAAGUGUCGGUACAACAAUAGAUUUAUAACAGCUUUCUGGUAUAAGAACAACAUUUACGAGGAUUAUACUUAUCACCUCCGAAGAAAAGCUGACAGUAAAACUGGAGGCUCUUACCAGUGUCGAAGGAACAGUGAUCGGAGCUCCUCUUCACGAGUUGAACCUUUGAAAAUGGUGACCAUUGCUUCAGAUAUGACAUUGACUGUGCAAGUCCAUUCAACGACCCUGCUGCUUGGUGAAACUUCUGUUCUGAAAUGCUCCAGUUAUUCCUGGAGAUCUGACAGAGAUUACUCCUUCCUUUGGUAUCGAAACAAUUUCUUAAUUGAAGGAGAGCAUGAAUCAGAGUACACGAUAGCAAUGGCGAGAUUUUCAGAUGGAGCAACUUAUCGAUGUGAACAGAAACUUGGUUUCAGGAAAUGGAUCUCACUCGAUGUAAGCAUCAUUAUAAAAGAUCUUUGCUCUAAGCCAACAUUGCAAGCUGACCCCGACGUGGAAGUAUUCAUUGGUGAAGGCUUUAACCUCGUCUGUUUGACUGAACCCUUUCACGAAAAUCACCCCCUUUUAUACACAUUUUACAAAAACAGGGAUUCUCUUAACUUCCCUUCAGAGAAGAGCAGUUAUGCAAAAGAGGAAGCAACAGUGCACCAUUCAGGGUCCUACCAAUGUGAGGUCACGACUCGCGAUAGUAAUUUGAGGAAAAAGAGCAACAUAGUUCUCAUUUCAAUCAAACGCAUCCCUGUGUCUGUCCCAGAUCUGAGUGCAAAGCCUGGAAACGAAGUAAUGGAAGGAGACAGCACCUGGUUAAACUGCUCUGUAACCCGCGGUUCGACCCCAAUUCAAUAUAUUUUCUACAAGGAUAGUCAGGAGAUUUACUGGGAGUAUUCCAACCACAGCAGAACCAUACACACAAUCGCCAACAUCAGCAAAAGUCAAGAGGGCAAUUAUCACUGUGCUGUUUCUAACCAGGAGGGAGAGUCUCUCCGCUACAGCAAAUUACUCGCCGUUUCAGUGAUUGUUCAUGUUGCUGGGGUUUUCCUCAAACUCAGAACCAAUAAAAAGGAGAUUCUGAUUGGGAGUAGUCCCGUUCUAGAGUGUGUAUUGAGCCGAGGUACAAGACCUUACUUUCAAUGGUACUUCCAACAGAAAGCCUUAAACAAUGUCAGCGUGAAUUACAACUUUAGCUCAGACUGGAGAGAGCUCGCCAUUGAAUCCUUCCAGUCCCAGCACCAAGGCCAAUACCGAUGCAGCGCGAUCAACAGGGGUCCCAGUGGAAUGAUAUUUAAUGUGACCAGUAAUCCCAUCGAUCUCAGACUGCCAGCACAGCAACACAGCGCUGAGAUGGCAGCAAUCAUUGUCCCACUGUUUCUGAUCCUUUCUCUCCUCACAUUGCUUCCCGUUAAACUCUGGAACAGGAAAAAAGCUGAUUCUUCCAGCAGUUCCCGGCAGCAAAGGGAGAUGAUGGGAAAUCGUGCUGAGAGCAAGAGUGAGGACAGACCUGCAAGAAAUUUCGAUUACGCGGAAAUUGAGUCAAGUCAAUUAAAUGUUUCGAGCUGCGCUGCAGCCGUGUACUCUUCAGUAAAGAACACACACACACACAAUGAUGACUCCAAAAUGGAUGGCAGUUUGCUGUACUCGGUCGUGACGAUCUCAAAGCCAAGAAACGCUGCACACUCUGAUGGUGCACCAGGAACGAAACACGCUGACCAAGCGGAGCAGCAACAAUCCUGCAUCAUAUACGCCACCCUGAGACACACAGAUACAGGAGGGGAUGAGGAAGUUGAUCAAGACCAAGAAAGAAAUGUUUAUGCCAACGUUCCACGGAAAUUGUGAGACAGCAGAGAAGAAAGCCUUCGAAGCUUCACAAAUCCUUGUGUUUAGAUUCUUUGAACCAUCUUCACAACGAUUUCAGCUUGCCUGGCCACCUUCAGAGAUUGAUACACGUGAACUCUGAUGUUCAUCUACUCCAUUAGUCCCCUCAAAGACGUUUCAUUGAACCUGCAAUAUUACCGUAUGUUUCUGGUAGCAAAACUCAUAACCUUACACUUCUCCGCAUUGCAAUUCACCUGCCAGGUUUCUGCCCAUUUGGCCAAUUUGUUAAUAUCCCUGUGAAGUCUCGCAGCAUUAUUCUCACAAUUCACUCUUCUGCCUGGGUUAGUAUCAUCUGCAAAUUUAGCGAUUAGAUCCUCAACACCCAACCCCUAAUCAUUUGUAUAACCAAUGUAGUUAACAUUUUGUUCCUGUCAGUUCAUUCUAUGUGGGUAUGAGUGCAUUUACGAGUCUGUUCCUGCUGUGACUUGAGAGUAUCAAUAUUAAUCCGUAUCUCUCAGGUUAUCCUGUAUGAUAUGUGAAUGCAGUUAAUAAUCUAUGCCUCUCAUUUACUGCCUUGUGAAUUUACUUAUCGAUUUCUACCUGUCAGUUCCUGUUUGGUGAACGCGAACCGUGCACGUACCAAUAUGUAUCUGUGAGAUUUUGCCUUGUGAAUGUGAGAGUGUUGUUAUCAGUCUCUGCUUGUCCGUUUAUGCUCUGUGAAACUGGGAACGUAGUUAUCAUUCUGUUCCUGCCAGUUUUAGCUUUGUGAAUGAGAAAAUUUUUAUUAAUCUAUCGCCGACAGUUACUGUAAUGCGAAUAUGUGACUUAAGUGAACAGAAACGGACCGAUGGAGAAUGAUAGUCACACAUUUGCACCGCAGUAACUGUAUCCCAUCAUUUGUUUGCUUCUGCAACAUGAUAGAGUGAGUGUAGCUAUCAGUCUUUACAUAUCAGUUUCUACUCGUGUGUGUGUAAGUGGUUUAGUUCUCUGAUAUUCGCUGCGACUGUGUGAUUCAUUCUGUGAGAGUUAUUAUUAGAGUGCUGAGAAGAGGUCUUAAUAUCUUCUGCAUUUUGCGAUUUAUGGGUUGACUGUCAGUCUGUGGGGGUGGGCAGGGGAGAGAAUAGAUAGGUCGACGGCAGAACGUGGACUGCUUUAUUCUGAGAAACAUUUCGAAUCAGGGUCACACAUUUCCUGUUUGGUUUGAGAGUCAGUUCAAACUGAGACAUCUGCUUUCAUUUUGGACACAGACAUUGUUGUGUUUUUGUGCGUGAGAGACAGUUUUAUUCUGCAUGGAGGUCCAUUUCUGCAUGACCUUUAAAUAUCGAGACACAACACAACAGCAUGUCAUCUCCUUUCAAACCGACAUCAGAAAAACUGAUAUGGUACAGCACAGGAGAAGACCAUUCAUCCCAUUAUGUCUGUACUGCGACAUUGUAUUAUGCAUCAAUUCUGCAGAACAUUUUGGAAAUGUGAACUUGAUCUGCUCAUUGUCACUGUUGAAAGGACAAUUUGACAUCAGUUCUGCAGUCACCUGACUCUUAAUAUGUAUAGUGCCGGUUCUGAUGAAUAUCGCUCUAUUCUCCGCUACUCAGUUGCGGUUUUGUGUCUACGUGCAGCAUAAACUCUGUAAAUAAACUCUUUUCAAUGGCAUUUAAUUGUAUUGCAUUUCAG